UUUUGUUUCGGAUCGUACCGGCCGAACAAUUUGAGUGCAUUUGUCGUAUUUGGUAUUUCAACAUUCCUACAUUGUAUAAUAUGGGCAUAAAGAAAGAGGAAAAAGUAAUUGAAUGGUUCAUCAAGUGAGCAAAAGUGUUCAUCUGGAAUCAUGAGAUUGUUUAGAUGACAGAGUGUUUAUGGUGUAAAUCAAAACAGUUUGCUGCUAGGCGACUCAAUUCAUCAAAACAGCUGUUAUUCAUUUCUAAAAUUUCCGCUGCUGGGACAUUCAAAGGCACAUUUAAUUAACACUUCAUCUGUCCUAUGAUCUAUGAACUCUGUAUAAAAGCUGGAUUGAUUAUUUCUUGGUUGUCCCCAUUAGAUCCACAAAUCAAACAGAGACAGAAGAAGCGUCUGAAACGUCACACUGUGGUUGUCAGAUCUAGUCUCUUAAUUGGACACGAAGAAUACUUGUUUUAUGGGUCAUUGUGUGUCGUUUCCUUUAAUAGAACCUUUAAUUAAUGUCGUUUGGGACCCAAAACCAAUUGUGAUGAUACAAAACGAGCUUAUCGUGUACUCGUGACUAUUAUAUUAUAUAAUUUAGACAUCGUCAAAGAAAAGCAUGAAAUACUAAGAUCCAAUGGCCAAGGCAAAAGAACCGACCAAUCUGAAAUCAAAACUCUCUCGUAAAAUUGCAGAAUUAACCAUGGUUGUUCAUUUGCUGUUUACAAGGAACCAUGAGCGUGAGGUUGAAAUAGAGGCUUUGAAGUCUGUUUAUUCAAAGGAGAUUAAAAAGAUUGAGGGCGAUGUGAGAAGCAAAGUUUCUUGGCUAGAGGGACAAUUAGAAGAGCUCGAGAAAACAAGAGUGAUGUUGGAUGUAAAAAACACGGAGAUUUCGAAACAUAAACAGCAAACUCAAAUGUUAUUGGACAGAGAAAUGGAAAUGAAAAAGGAACUGGAUGACAAAAUUCAUCUGCUCUCCAUGGCACAGAAAGACGUAAUUAAAUUACGAGAUCAACUCGUCAGCAAAGCCAGUUACAAUAGUGAACAGUCUGCAGGCGUACAACAACUAAAAGAAGAAAUUCUAAGACUAAAUAAAUCUAAUGAAGACCUUAGUUCAAAACUUUCAUCAAAAUCAAAGAAACACAAAGACCUCCUAAAACAAAUAGAUGAACUGCAAACAAACGUAAAAAGUUUAAAUAUGGAACUAAAGGAAGCACUUACAAAAAAAGAUCAACUAGAAACCCUAUUGGGUGGUCAGCAAAAUGAUUGGCAGAAUGAAAUUGACAAGCUACAAUCAGAAAUUUCAGAGUUGAUCGAUUGUCAGCAAGGAGAUCAAGAAAAAUAUACAAAGCUUGAAAUGAAAAACAAGCAGCUCCAACUACUUAACAAUGAACUGGCGGGUUCAAAUAAGCAACUUUCUAUGCAAAUUCAACAACUAAUUAAUGACAAAAAUAGGAAAAAAGAAAUGAAAAAAAUCAAACCUAAACAGGCAUCACCUGAGGCACCAAGAUGCUCUCCUGCUUAUGAGAAAGAUGAGGAGCUUGAGAGACUGAGACGUGAAGUUCAGCGUUAUAGAUUAGAGAUCAGCAACAGAGAAUCUAAUUUCAACAGAGUGUUUGCAGAGCAAAAGCCUGUUCUUACAGAUGGUAGGAGUAAAAAAUCAGGCAACUCCCCUGACUCUGCAAGAUUUCCUAAUCUGACUGGAACACGUGGACGCUCAGCUGUUAGUGGUCAAAUUUCUCCAUCACACUUGCCAUCACUGAAAUAAUAUUAGAAAAGCUACUAUCAGAUGAUCAGAAUCAUACAUGUAUUCAAUUAAUGUAUAAUUAGUAAGUUCUUACAAAUUUAAAAUUCAAUUGUUAGGAGAUGUAUUUGAAUAAUAUUGUAAAGUACUAUAAUGUGUCUGGACUAAAGUCGAUUUCUUUUUAAACUAUUGUGUAAUGGAAAUAUUGGUCUAAGUGAGGAAUUGUAGGUCCAGUAAAAUAUAUUUCAAAUUUU